GUUACUAUCGUACAGAAAGAGAUAAGGGGACACAGUAUGAGCUGUUUUAUAAGAAGAUGGAUGGCAUGGAAUACAGGCAUGUCACCUUGUUCCGACCUUUUGGACCCCUCAUGAAAGUGAAGAGUGAAAUGGUUGAUAUUUCUAGAUCUGUCAUUAACAUUAUUGUCCCUCUUGCUGGAAGAACAGAGGCAUUUGCACAAUUUAUGCAAAACUUUAGGGAUGUGUGUAUUCAUCAGGAUAAGCGUGUUCACCUCACAGUGGUGUAUUUUGGACAGGAUGGGCUAUCAGAAGUAAAAGGCAUCCUAGAAUCCGUAGCUAGAGAAACUGACUUCCACAAUUAUACCAUGGUCUCUCUGAAUGAGGAAUUUAAUCGAGGCCGGGGACUUGACAUGGGUGCCAGAGCCUGGGAGAAGGGCGAGGUCCUGAUGUUCUUCUGUGAUGUUGAUGUUUACUUCACAGCUGAGUUCCUCAACAGUUGUCGCUUAAAUGCUGAGCCUGGGAAAAAGGUUUUUUACCCUGUGGUAUUCAGCCUUUAUAACCCUGCUAUUGUCUAUGCCAACCAAGAUGUACCACCCCCCGUGGAGCAACAAUUGGUGCACAAGAAGGACUCUGGUUUCUGGCGGGACUUUGGCUUUGGGAUGACGUGUCAGUACCGGACAGACUUCCUGGCUGUCGGGGGGUUUGACUUGGAAGUGAAAGGCUGGGGCGUUGAGGACGUUCAUCUUUACAGAAAGUACUUGCACGGCGACCUGAUCGUGGUCAGGACACCGGUCCCUGGUCUCUUCCACCUCUGGCACGAGAAGCAUUGCGCGGACGAGCUGACGCCCGAGCAGUAUCGCAUGUGUAUCCAGUCCAAAGCCAUGAACGAGGCCUCUCACUCCCACCUCGGCAUGCUGGUCUUCAGGGAGGAGAUCGAGACGCACCUCCAUAAGCAGGCUUACAGGACUAACAGCGAAGCAGUGGGCUAAGUGUCAUUCCCGUGCUGUUUGAUGACUUCACAAUGAACCAGCAUCAUUUUACAGCCUUAAUUCAGCUUCAAAA